UGUUAACGUUCCGAUAUUUAGUUUUCAUUUUGAUAAAUCCAUACAUCUAUCUUCAUAGUACAGCAGUAUGUUACCAUAAGUAUGUUUUGAGUAUUUUAUAGGAGCGUGCCCGAUACUGAAAAACGAGCAGGGACCAGUCACAUGUUUGGGCAGCUGUAAUCAGAACUUUGACCUCAAGUCUACACAUGUGCUUCGCACGGAAAUCAUAAAAUCGAAAACACUAAAGAUCAUGACUGAAGAGGCUUUUGAUGUGAUUGUCGUUGGCUCCUGUAUGACUGAUUUGGUGAGAGUAUAAAUUGCUCCGGAGUAUAAGUCGCACCGGCCGAAAAAGCAUAAUAAAGAAGGAAAAAAACAUAUAUACGCCAGGCACCAAGGCUACCUAAGGAAGGGGAAACCAUCCACGGUCACAAUUUCUUCAUUGGCUUUGGAGGAAAAGGAGCCAACCAAUGCAUACAGGCUGCAAGACUGGGGGCUAAAACGGCAAUGGUUGCCAAGGUCGGGAAAGACUUCUUUGGAGACAAUUAUAUCCAGAAUUUCGAGGACAAUAGCGUGCACACUGGCUUUGUUGAACAGACCCCUGAUGCAGCCACAGGAGUUGCCUCCAUUAUUGUCAACGAUGCAGGUCAGAAUGCCAUUGUGAUUGUGGCCGGUGCCAACAUGCUGCUAAGUAUGGAGGAGCUGCAGGAGGCUCUUCCAGCUGUCAGUUGUACGAAAGUACUGGUUUGCCAGUUAGAGAUCUCCCCCCAAACAUCUUUGCAGGCCUUGCGCAUGGCUCAAGAGAACAAAGUUAAAACCAUAUUCAACCCUGCACCAGCUAUCCCUGACUUGGAUCCUGACUUCUACCGAUUCUCUGAUGUGUUUUGCUGCAAUGAGUCUGAGGCUGAGUUGCUGACAGGUUUGUCGGUAAAUAAGGUGGAGGAGGCAAAUCAGGCCGGCCGGGAGCUGCUGAAGCGAGGAUGCGGCGCAGUCAUUAUCACCUUGGGAGCCCAAGGAUGUGUGGUGCUUGACGUGCAGGAUCCCUCCUCUAAACAUGUUCCAACACCGGCAGUCACAGCAGUGGACACCACAGGUGCAGGAGACAGCUUCAUCGGAGCACUGGCAUUUUACAUGGCUCAUUAUCCCACGAUGCCACUGGAGGAGGCGGCCCGCAGAGCAGGUCAAGUGGCAGGAGCGAGCGUGCAGACCAUGGGCACGCAGACCUCUUUUCCACACAGACAAGACUUGGCAGCUCAGCUCUUUUAAGAGCAGCAAUGCAGAUAUGCAUCAUGGGCUCUAAACUGGACCUAAACAUUCCUUGUUUUUGUCUUAUGAGUAGGGAUGUCCGAGAAUGGCUUUUUGCCGAUAUCCGAUAUCGUCCAACUCUUUAAUUACUGAUACCGAUAUCAACCGAUAUAUACAGUCGUGGUAUUAACACAUUAUUAUGCCUAAUUUGGACAACCAGGUAUAGUGAAGAGAAGGUACUUUAAAAAAAAAAAAAUAAGAUAAAUUAAAAACAUUUUCUUGAAUAAAAAAGAAAGUAAAACAAUAUAAAAACAGUUACAUAGAAACUAGUAAUUAAUGAAAAUGAGUCAAAUGAACUGUUAAAGGUUAGUACUAUUAGUGGACCAGCAGCAUGCACAAUCAUGUGUGCUUACGGACUGUAUACCUUGCAGACUGUAUUGAUAUAUAUUGAUAUAUAAUGUAGGAACCAGAAUAUUAAUAACAGAAAGAAACAACCCUUUUGUGUGAAUGAGUGCAAAUGGGGGAGGGAGGUUUUUUGGGUUGGUGCACUAAUUGUAAGUGUAUCUUGUGUUUUUUAUGUUGAUUUAAUUGAAAAGAAAAAGAUACUGAUAAUAAAAAAAACGAUACCGAUAAUUUCCGAUAUUACAUUUUAACGCAUUUAUCGGACAUCUCUACUUAUGAGCCAUUUAAACAAAUAUUGAAGGACCAAUAAUGUUGUUUAUAGAGCAUACAGAGUAACAUUAUUGUGUAUGAUGUGUCACAAGCUGAAAUAACACACAAGCAUUCAUUUGAAUAGUUUUACUUGUAGCAUGGUGAGAUUUAUAGGCAAUGAAGUGACUUACUCUAAUGUUGAACAAUAAAAGCAUGACUGGUGGAUGAUGGCACACCAAGUGAAUAAAAAUGUUAUAUUAACAUCUUUUGUGGUGUUUUUAUUUUAGGAGUCAGGUGUCGCGGGGAAGAGUGGUCGUAUAAAACCCAGCGCAGACAUCUUCUCUUCCAGCCUACAAAUAUGACCAUGUCAGUUUGAAAUAGUGCAGAUCAACUGUUUAUAUAUUCCACUUCAUGUUUAGAUGGAUCUGAUCUUCCUCUUCUCAAAGAACAGGACAUGCUUGUU